AUGAAAGUUAUUAACUUUUCUCGACUUUUACUAAUCUUGUCUGUCCUUGUAGGAGCUCUUAUCCUUCCCUCGAAAGCUCAAGACAGACCACAAGACUACGUUAAUGCUCACAACCAAGCACGACAGGUGGUGGGAGUAGGCCCCAUACAGUGGGACGAUAGGGUUGCAGCCUUCGCUCAGAGCUACGUGGACCGACUAAGAGGCGACUGCAAUCUCAUACACUCCGGCGGUCCUUACGGGGAGAACUUGGCCAUGAAUAGCCGCGGCUUAUCUGGCGUCGGCGCCGUGAACAUGUGGGUUGGCGAGAAGGCUAACUACAACUACCCUUUGAACACGUGCAAUGGAGAUUGCGGUCACUACACUCAAGUUGUUUGGAGAAAGUCAGUGAGAGUCGGAUGUGGUAAGACGAGGUGUAACAGUGGUGGAACCAUCAUCUCUUGCAACUACGAUCCUCCGGGAAAUUAUGUGAACGAGAAGCCUUACUGA